AAAAACGCAAAGGUUUAUGUGAGAGCGAAGCUUGGAUUGAAAUUGAAGAGUGAACAUACAGCAAUGGAGUUCCCUUCUUCUUCUUCUUCUUCAACCCGCGCACCAGACGACACCGUUUUCUACUCCAUAUACCCUGAUUCCCCAACCACCACCCUCCAAUCCCUCCACCUCCAAAUCCUCCAAACCGUCUCUCCCUUCACCGCCGACUACAUAUGGCAGCACCAACCCUUCACCCUCUCCCUCUCCAUUCCCCCAAACCCCUCCUGCCCAUGCCCCUCAUCCUCCCAACUCCCCCACCUCCACGGCCACCUCCGCUACGGCGACAAUCUCGACGACGAGUGGUUCACAGUCUUCCUCCUCUUCCACGUCUCCCGCCACUUCCCCUCCCUCUCCAUCCGCAUCUGGGACUCCGACGGCGACUUCCUCCUCAUCGAAGCCGCCUUCCACCUCCCCCGCUGGCUCAACCCCGACACCUCCCUCCACCGUGUCUUCCUCCGCUCCGGCCACCUCCACAUCAUCCCCAAAACCCGCCUCCCCAAUCCUUCCCUUAUCGAUUCCCUCAACUUCCUCACCGCCUCUGCACCCGAAUCGCAGGCCUCCGACCCGGUUCAGCGCGCCGUCGAGAAUCGGAUUAAGGAUUACCCGGAACAGGCCAGGAGGAACAUGCAUAAGGCUAGGGUUAGGGUUCCGGCGUCGGUGGCGCAGGUUGUGAGGCACGAGCCGUUCCUGGUUUCGCUGGCGGUGGAGGGGUUCUACGACAGGGACGUGGACUCCAUGAAGUCUGCGGCGAGGAUGGAGAGGUUUUUGGAGAGGGGGAGUAGCGAGGAGUUGGCCCGCGUUUCGGUGAAGUUGUCGAGGGCCAUGUAUGCUCAGCUGGUGCAGCAGAGGUUUCAGGCUCCGAAGGUUUAUCCGGAGAUGCCGGGACGGGUUGACAAGGAGGGGUAUGCGGAGGCGGAGCUGGGGAUGAAGAUAGCAUGUGGGUUUGAGAUGAUGUACCAGCAGCGGAAGCGCGAUGGGGUGGAAGGGAAGGGGACUAAUUGGGAAGUGUUUAGGCAGAGCUUGGAGAAGAGUGGUUACUUCCAAGGUCUGCUUCCGGGUUCCGCUGAGUAUCAGAGGUUGGAGCAGAAUGCACAAGAGUAUUACAGGAACACUUCUCUGCAUUCCAGAGCCAGUGACUUGAUGAACGCUCCUGUUAGGCGCAUAGAUGAGAUUCUUGCUUUGCCUUAUUCAGUGGAUGAUUUUAAGGCUCAGGAGGUUCCUCCAUCUGAUGAUGAUUCUUGGCUUUACAAUGGAGAGGAAGAGUUGAAUUCUGCUCUUAUGGAAAGACAAAAGGAGAUGGAACUAUAUGACUUAAAACAAAAAAAGAAAGGGAAAGCGAAAAAGGAUCAAGAUGAUGGUCCAUCAUCUGCUUCAAAUGCGGAUGAGUUUGACCCUAGUGACAUAGCAAAAAGCAUGCGGGCAUUUGUCCAUACCUUGUCAAGUUACAAGGGUGCUGAAGCUCCUGAAGACAGGAAUAAGGAAGUGGACCUUGAUGUGGAUCAGUUCAUGAAAGACAUGGAAUCAAUAUUGAAGCGUCCAGGUGAAGUUGCCGACAGUAAUAUCGAAGAAGGAUCAUCAUCUGAUCUGGACUUUGAUGAUUCUGAUGAAAGCGAUAUGGCUGAAUCUGCUGAUGAGGAUAACAGUGAUGGAGAGGAUGAUACUUUCCGGCAGUCCUAUUCUGAUGCUAUGAAUGAAGAAUUAAAGGCUACUACCCUUCAGAAAAGUUUUGUUCGUGCUAAUGAACAAAUUCCAAAGCAUGAGGGAACAUCUCAUGCCGCGGAAGAUAUGGAUGAGGAAUUUUCUCCUGUAGAUGUGGAUGUGAAUUUAGUAAAAAGCCUUCUUGAUUCCUUUUCUACCCAACAAGGGCUUCCUGGUCCUGCUUCCAAUUUGCUUGGCCUCAUGGGGGUUCAGUUCCCGCAAGAUGCUAAGAAGGGGAAAUGAAGUCACUAGAAUUUGUAUCCACGGUUUUAAGUUUUUUGGGAUUCUCCAAUGAUGUAGUCUCCAGGUGGCUUGUUUCAUUCACAGUUUACCAAGAAUUAUUUCCAGUAUAGUCACCUGCUUGGCAGAGAGCAUAGUAGGAAAUGCUUCCUAGUGAACUGUGUCAUUUCCUUGCCUCAAGAGAAAAGCAAGAGAACAUACAUCUGUGGCAAGCUACAUGGCUGCAGUAGGAGUGGUGUUGGGAAAUUGGGAAUCGGAUACCUAUCUUAUAUCAGCAAUCAAUGUAAACCAGUUGAGAAGAAAUUAUUUACAGCCAGAAUGUGGUUUUAUGUGUUAGUUUCCGAAUGAAUCGGCAGAUUCAUCUGCUAGGUACAGCUGGUUUUUUUACAUGUAAAAUCACAUUGGCAAUAGUUAUUGAUUCAUGUGAAACUUGUGUUAUACAUUUUUAUCA